CAAUUGUAUACACGAUACUCUUUUUUAAAUUGUCACAUCUUUAAAUAUGGGGAAAUAUAAAGAAAAAAAUAAUAUCAUACGAAGAGCAGUAUCUAAUAAUAUUUUUAAACUUAAUAAAGAUAUUGGUCAGCAUAUUUUAAAGAACCCUUUAGUUAUACAAGGAAUCGUUGAUAAGGCAGAUCUAAAGCCUUCUGAUAUUGUACUUGAAGUAGGGUCUGGAACCGGAAAUCUUACUAUUAGGAUUCUACAAAAAGCAAAAAAGGUUAUAGCCGUUGAAAUGGACCCACGUAUGAGUAUGGAACUUAUUAAACGUGUACAGACAAUAUCUGAACAAAAGCGUUUGGAAAUUCUUCUAGGAGAUGUUAUUAAAAUUGAUCUUCCAUAUUUUGAUGUUUGUAUAUCUAAUACACCAUAUCAAAUUUCUAGUCCUCUUGUUUUUAAACUACUUAGGCAAAAUCCUCCACCUCGAUUAGCUAUACUAAUGUUUCAACGAGAAUUUGCGAUGAGGCUCCUUGCUAAGCCAGGCGAUUCUUUCUACUGUCGUUUGAGUGUUAAUGUGCAGAUGUGGGCCAAAGUUACGCAUGUAAUGAAAGUGGGAAGAAAUAACUUUAAACCACCUCCUCAAGUAGAAAGCAGUGUUGUCAAGAUAGAGCCUAAAGUUCCACCUCCUCCAAUUAAUUUUGAGGAAUGGGACAGUCUCCUUCGAAUAUGUUUUAUUCGAAAAAAUAAGACUAUAUCAUCCGGGUUUAAAACAUCUUCUGUACUUAAUAUGUGUGAGAAAAAUUAUAAGAUUUGGUGUUCUCAAAAUAAUAUAACGAUGAAUAAUAUUUCUAUAAAAGAUAAAAUCGAAAAGGUAUUAGAUUCUAUAGAUUUUACUAAUAAACGAGCUCGAAAAUGUCAUGAAAGUGAUUUUUUAAAGUUAUUGUAUGCAUUUAAUAAAGAAGGAAUUCAUUUUGCUUAAUUAUUUCUAUUAAUAAUUAAUACAUUUUUAUAUUAUUUAUAAAG